ACCUGAUUCCACCGUCAUUCACAUAUUGAAUCGAUUGAGUCUAAGCCUCAAGCCUACGUCGACGCCAUGGCCAAGUCAAAGAACCACACCAACCACAACCAGAACAGCAAGGCACACCGUAAUGGCAUCAGGAGGCCACAAACUAACCGGUCUCGUUCAAUGAAGGGGGUUGAUCCCAAGUUCCGCAAGAACGCGCUGUACGCUCUUAAUGGAUCGCGGAAAGCACGGGCUGAGCAAAAAGCAUCCACUACAUCAUGAUUCAACUGCUAGUAAACUUCCCCGCUUUCAUCCCUGGUAAUCCAGAGAGACAUGCCACACGCUUGGUAUCCCGUGUAUUACCUACCAUGACUACUGCAUAUAUAUGGCUUAGGUUAUCGAAAUACCAUACUGCAUGCAUCGCAUUAUCGUGAGUUAUCUGCGAACUCCAUACAUAUCUCGUCGAUUCGGCUGGAGGUUUUGUGAAAUAAGACCUGCCAAGACACGCCGCUGUAUCUCCAGGUCGCAGAGUCCCUUUCGCCGUGUUAUGUUUGCCUGUUUGAGUGACAGAGUUGUGUUCAUGGGCUGUUUUUGGCGUGUGUGAUAUACCGGUACCUGAGC